AUGAAUAUUUUGGCAGUAUUUAUAUUGAUUUCUGCAUUGUCAGGUGUCUUAUCUGGACCACUUCAUGCCUCUUGUAAGAUAGAUUGGCAGUUUGGUAUGGAAUGUGAUGCUGUCAUGACUAAGUUGGUCAAUCAGAUCAAGGCUAUGGGUGGAAAAUCAGGCUGUGCCAAUGGCGGAGAAAAAUGUUUAUAUGAGCUGACCUCUUCCACUUCUGCCCAAAUAACAGCCAAACAUACAACUCCUGUCAAAGGUUAUGUUGAUGAUUUGACCUUCACCUUCAAAGGAGGAAAGACCUCAAAUCCUUGUCAGGUUCAUGGUUACAGUACAUCUGAAACUUGGUAUGCUGUAUUAGAUUUUGGUACCAACUAUUGUAACCUAGAAAACUUAAUUAUUGGCGCCGGUCUAAAUAGUACAAGUGGAUACAGUGAAACUACCAGUGAUUCUAUUUGUACACAGUAUUCUUCAGCUGAUUGUGAAAAAUAUUAA